CUUUUCACACGUGCCAUUAUGCCAGACCUUCUCCCCUAGUUGGCUACCAGAGCUUGUCUGUCAAUGGUGUCAACUCCACUCAUAGUUUGACACGUUGUGGACUCACGUUAAAGGAUGCGUCAACUCCCUAGAAGGCGCGCCAACUCACUCACAACAUAAUAUUAACUCACCAAUCAUGCCCAGACUUGCCUUUCAAAUAUCCCACCUUUCGUUCUUUAUUACACCCCCUACCCACCUAUAUAUAUAAAUAUAUAUGUGUGUGUGUAAAUACAAGCCUUUCUCUGUAAUAACCUCCAUUCAUAAAAACAGAGCACUCUGUUUCUUUUCUUUUCCUUUUCGUCUCAACACACUACAAUGGACUGGACUAGAGGCCACACCAUAGGCCAUGGCUCGUCAGCCACAGUUUCCCUCGCCACCUCUCGUAUUUCCGGGGACGUUUUUGCCGUGAAGUCGUCGGAGCUUUCCCAUUCUGGAUUGUUACAAAGGGAGCAGAAGAUUCUAUCGUCCUUGAGUUCUCCUCAAGUGGUUUGCUACCGAGGGUGUGAUAUUACGCGGGAGCACAACAAGCUCAUAUAUAAUCUUUUCAUGGAGUACGUACCCGGCGGCUCUCUCGCCGACGCGGUUCGGGUCAAUGGGGGCGGGCUCGACGAGUCGACGAUCGCGCAGUACACGCGACAGAUUCUGCAAGGCCUUGAGUACCUUCACUCGAGUGGAUUAGCGCAUUGCGAUAUUAAGGGUAGUAACAUUUUGAUCGGAAAAACUGGUGCGAAGAUUGCCGAUUUCGGUUGCGGGAAGAGGGAGUCUGAAGCGAGGCCGAUCGGUGGGACGCCGGCGUUCAUGGCGCCCGAGGUGGCGCGUGGGGAAGACCAGGGGAUUGCUAGUGAUAUAUGGUCACUUGGGUGUACGGUUAUAGAAAUGGCGAGGGGUGGUUCGCCGUGGGGGAAUGGGUCCGACCCGGUUUCGGUCAUGUAUCGGGUUGCGUAUUCGGGUGAGGCACCGGAGGUGCCAUGUUUUUUAUCGGAGGAAGCAAAGGAUUUCUUGAGGAACUGCCUAAAGAGAGAUCAGGGGGAAAGGUGGACGGCUAGUCAGCUGCUGAAGCAUCCAUUUGUUAACCAAUUAAAAAUUGAAGAAUCGAAUUCAACUUCAUCUUCUCCAACAAGUGUUCUUGAUCAAGGGUUUUGGGACUGGGUGGAGGAAUCAGAAGAAAGCGUGGAAAAUGCUGUUGGGUCGGUGAGCCAUUCUGGGUCACCAGUGGAGAGGAUCAGACGGCUGGGAUCGAGUGAUGGGGAGGGACCCAAUUGGGAGUGGGGGAAGGAGAAGUGGAUCACAAUCAGGGAGAAUAAGGAGAUUGAGGAGGAAGGGAAAGAUGAAAUGGUUAGUGGGUCAGGAGGAGAGAUUAGUGAGAGUGUAGAAAAGGAGGAAAGCAAUGUGGGUAAUGCUGAUGAUUGUGGUAUUAAUUGGGAAUUUUGGGGAAGCUUUAAAUUUAAUUGUAGAAAGCAUAGACACCCAGAAGAUGUGCUGUUAUAUUCUUUAUCAUCCCGUUUACAUGUAUAAAUUCAAGUUUCCUUCUUUUUGUAAAUAGCAUUUCGAAGUUAUCUCAUUUUUGAGGUCUUAAGGUC